GAAGAAGAAGAAGAAGACGCCAUUAUUGUUUUUCGUGUCUCGAAUAAAAAGUGAAAGCAAAUGUUCAGAAUUGAUGUUUUUCCAUUUAAACAGACAGAAUCGAUUCUAUACGGAAUAUCAAAGUGUUUUAUAGGAACUAAGCCAUGAUUGUCGUGUAACUGUUAGCUGCUUCAUAGAAAGGCGGUGGAUUUUGUGAAUCUGUGUAAAUAAGAGUCAGUGCUGGAGAUCAGAUUCUGUUUCAUCAUGGAGGACACACAAACAUCCACAGAUCAAGAGUUUUCUCCAGGAUGCAGUUCAGUUGAUCAGAAGAGAUCAGAAGCAGAGUCCAGCUGUGUGUCUGUGAGGAGUGAUGCGUCUAUGAAUCCUCCAUUAGGGUUUAAGAGUGGAGAUACAAAGACUGAUCUCAGUUCAGUUCGUCAGAAGAGAUCAGAAGCAGAGUCCAGCUGUGUGUCUGUGAGGAGUGAUUGGUCUAUGGAUCAUCCAUUAGGGUUUAAGAGUGGAGAUACAAAGACUGAUCUCAGCAGAGCAGAUGGAGAGCGAAGCGUCUCUGGAGGAGUCUCCUCUGUCUUCUGUCUGAACAACACGAGCGUUACAGCGUCUCUGAAUAAACAUGAUCAAGCAGUGAAUGAUGAACUACAGAGAGUCAAAGAGCAGCACAAAACCAGCAUGAAGAACAAGUAUGAGAGAUUAUGUGAGGGACUGAAACUCCAGGAGAAUGAAAGCCUCCUGAACAGCAUCUACACACAGCUCUACAUCAUAGAGGGAGAGAGAGAAGGAGUGAAUGAAGAACAUGAGGUUUUACAGAUGGAGAAAACAGCCAGAACACAACACUCACAAGACGCUCCAAUCUACUGCAAUGACAUCUUUAAAGCCUCCGCUGAAGCAGGAUCUGAGGAGAAAGAGCAGAUCAAGACUGUUCUUACUAAAGGCAUCGCUGGAAUCGGAAAAACCGUCUCUGUGCAGAAGUUCAUUCUGGACUGGGCCGAGGGAAAAGCCAAUCAGGAUGUAGAUUUCAUGUUUGUGCUUCCAUUUCGAGAGCUGAACUUGAUCCGAGAUCAUCAGUACAGUCUUCACAGACUUCUGCUGGACUUUCAUCCUGAACUUCAAGAUCUGGACUCACAGAUUUAUGAGGAGUGUAAAGUUGUGUUCAUCUUUGAUGGUCUGGAUGAAAGCAGAAUCACACUGAUGUUUUCAGACGCUCAGAAAGUUUGUGAUGUGACUGAGACUUCAUCAGUGGCUGUGUUGAUGUCAAAGCUGAUGAAAGGAGAGCUGCUUCCCUCUGCUCUCAUCUGGAUCACCUCCAGACCAGCAGCAGCCAAUCAGAUCCCCUCCGAAUACAUCCACCGUCUGACAGAGAUUCAGGGAUUCACUGAGCCUCAGAAGGAGGAAUAUUUCAGGAAGAGAAUCAGUGAUGAGCAUCAAGCCAGCAGAAUCAUCUCACACAUCAGAAGAGCAAGAAGCCUCCACAUCAUGUGCCACAUCCCCGUCUUCUGCUGGAUCUCAUCCACUGUGCUUCAGAAGCUCCUGGAAGAAGAUCUGAGAGCAGAAAUCCCUCAAACUCUGACUGAAAUGUACAUCCACUUCCUGCUGAUUCAGAUCAACAUGAGGAAGCAGAAGUAUGAAGAGAGAGAUCCAGAGAAACUCCUGCCGUCCAACAGAGAAGUGAUUGUGAAACUUGCUGAAGUGGCUUUCAAACAGCUGAUGAAGGGCAAUGUGAUGUUCUAUGAGGAGGACCUGAUUGAGAGCAGCAUAGACGUCACUGACGCCUCAGUGUAUUCUGGGAUUUGCACUGAGAUCUUUAAGCAGGAAUCUGUGAUUCAUCAGAGGAAAGUCUACAGCUUCAUUCAUCUGAGCGUUCAGGAGUUUCUCGCUGCUUUCUAUCUGUUUUACUGCUGUUUAACAAAGAACAAGAAACCACUGGAUGAAUUCAGAUAUUACACAUUUGACUCUGAAAGUGACUUUGAAUAUGAUAUGUCUGAGAUAGACUCCGAUAAAGUCUCUCUGUAUGAUCUACUAACAUCAGCAGUAGAUAAAGCUGUUGAGAGUAAGAAUGGACGUCUGGAUCUGUUCCUGCGGUUCCUGCUGGGCGUCUCACUGGAGUCCAAUCAGAGACUGUUACAGGAUCUACUGACACACACAGAGAACAGCUCAAAGACCAUCAGGAGAACCACACGGUACAUUAAAGAGAAGAUCAGAGAUGAUCCUGAUGAUGAUGAUGAUGAUGAUGAUGAUGAUUAUGGUGGUGUUGAGCUGUAUGUAGAUGAAACAGAUCUGCUUAAGAAAAAACAACAAAAGGGACACAAAAAAAUAAAUCUAGAUGGUAAUCUCUCAGCUGAUCAGUCCAUCAAUCUAUUCCUCUGUCUGCUGGAAGUGAAAGAUCAGACUCUGUUCAGAGAGAUUCAGGAGUUUGUGAAAUCAGACAAACACUCAGAGAAACUCUCUCCUGCUCAGUGCUCAACAAUCUCCUACAUGAUUCAGAUGUCAGAGGAGCCACUGGAUGAACUGAAUCCCAUGAAAUACAAGACAUCAGCUGCGGGGAGAAGAAGACUGAUACCAGCUGUGAUCAACUGCAGAAAAGCUGUGUUGAGUUAUUGUGGCAUCACAGAUGAAGGUUGUUCUGCUCUGACUUCAGCUCUGAGAUCAAACCCCUCACACCUGAGAGAACUGGAUCUGUCUGUGAAUAAAAUAAGAGAUUUGGGAGUGAAGCGUCUCUGUGCUGGACUGGAGGAUCCUCACUGUAAACUGGAGAAACUGUGGUUGAGAGAUUGUGGCAUCACAGAUGAAGGUUGUUCUGCUCUGACUUCAGCUCUGAGAUCAAACCCCUCACACCUGAGAGAACUGAGUCUGUUUGGGAAUAAAAUAAGAGAUUUGGGAGUGAAGUGUCUCUGUGCUGGACUGGAGGAUCCUCGCUGUAAACUGGAGAAACUGCGGUUGAUGAAGUGUGACGUCACAGAUGAAGGUUGUUCUGCUCUGACUUCAGCUCUGAGAUCAAACCCCUCACACCUGAGAGAACUGGAUCUGUCUGUGAAUAAAAUAAGAGAUUCAGGAGUGAAGCGUCUCUGUGCUGGACUGGAGGAUCCUCACUGUAAACUGGAGAAACUGUGGUUGAGUUAUUGUGGCGUCACAGAUGAAGGUUGUUCUGCUCUGGCUUCAGCUCUGAGAUCAAACCCCUCACACCUGAGAGAACUGAAUCUGUCUGGGAAUAAAAUAAGAGAUUUGGGAGUGAAGCGUCUCUGUGCUGGACUGGAGGAUCAUCGCUGUAAACUGGAGAAACUGCGGUUGAGAUAUUGUGACGUCACAGAUGAAGGUUGUUCUGCUCUGACUUCAGCUCUGAGAUCAAACCCCUCACACCUGAGAGAACUGGAUCUGACUGAGAAUAAAAUAAGAGAUUCGGGAGUGAAGUGUAUCUGUGCUGUACUGGAGGAUCCUCGCUGUAAACUGGAGAAACUGUGGUUGAGAUAUUGUUACGUCACAGAUGAAGGUUGUUCUGCUCUGGCUUCAGCUCUGAGAUCAAACCCCUCACACCUGAGAGAACUGAGUCUGACUGAGAAUAAAAUAAGAGAUUCGGGAGUGAAGCGUCUCUGUGCUGGACUGGAGGAUACUCGCUGUAAACUGGAGACACUGUGGUUGAGAUAUUGUGGCGUCACAGAUGAAGGUUGUUCUGCUCUGACUUCAGCUCUGAGAUCAAACCCCUCACACCUGAGAGAACUGGAUCUGUCUGAGAAUAUAAUAAGAGAUUUGGGAGUGAAGUGUCUCUGUGCUGUACUGGAGGAUCCUCGCUGUAAACUGGAGAAACUGUGGUUGAGAGAUUGUGACGUCACAGAUGAAGGUUGUUCUGCUCUGACUUCAGCUCUGAGAUCAAACCCCUCACACCUGAGAGAACUGAGUCUGUUUGGGAAUAAAAUAAGAGAUUCAGGAGUGAAGUGUCUCUGUGCUGGACUGGAGGAUCCUCGCUGUAAACUGGAGAAACUGUGGUUGAGAGAUUGUGACGUCACAGAUGAAGGUUGUUCUGCUCUGACUUCAGCUCUGAGAUCAAACCCCUCACACCUGAGAGAACUGAGUCUGUUUGGGAAUAAAAUAAGAGAUUCAGGAGUGAAGUGUCUCUGUGCUGGACUGGAGGAUCCUCGCUGUAAACUGGAGAAACUGUGGUUGAGUGAUUGUGACGUCACAGAUGAAGGUUGUUCUGCUCUGGCUUCAGCUCUGAGAUCAAACCCCUCACACCUGAGACAACUGGAUCUGUCUGGGAAUAAAAUAAGAGAUUUGGGAGUGAAGCGUCUCUGUGACGGACUGAAGGAUCCUCACUGUAAACUGGAGAAACUGUGGUUGAUUGAUUGUGGCGUCACAGAUGAAGGUUGUUCUGCUCUGACUUCAGCUCUGAGAUCAAACCCCUCACACCUGAGACAACUGGAUCUGACUGGAAAUAAAAUAAGAGUUUCAGGAGUGAAGCGUCUCUGUGCUGGACUGGAGGAUCCUCACUGUAAACUGGAGAAACUGUGGUUGAGAGAUUGUGACGUCACAGAUGAAGGUUGUUCUGCUCUGACUUCAGCUCUGAGAUCAAACCCCUCACACCUGAGAGAACUGAUUCUGUCUGAGAAUAAAAUAAGAGAUUUGGGAGUGAAGUGUCUCUGUGCUGGACUGGAGGAUCCUCACUGUAAACUGGAGAAACUGUGGUUGAGAGAUUGUGACGUCACAGAUGAAGGUUGUUCUGCUCUGACUUCAGCUCUGAGAUCAAACCCCUCACACCUGAGAGAACUGGAUCUGUCUCUGAAUAAAAUAAGAGAUUUGGGAGUGAAGUGUCUCUGUGCUGGACUGGAGGAUCCUCACUGUAAACUGGAGAAACUGUGGUUGAGAUAUUGUGACGUCACAGAUGAAGGUUGUUCUGCUCUGACUUCAGCUCUGAGAUCAAACCCCUCACACCUGAGAUACCUGAAUCUGUCUUGGAAUAAAAUAAGAGAUUCAGGAGUGAAGCGUCUCUGUGCUGGACUGGAGGAUCCUUGCUGUAAACUGGAGACACUGUGGUUGAGAGAUUGUGACGUCACAGAUGAAGGUUGUUCUGCUCUGGCUUCAGCUCUGAGAUCAAACCCCUCACACCUGAGAGAACUGGGUCUGUCUGAGAAUAAAAUAAGAAAUUUGGGAGUGAAGCGUCUCUGUGCUGGACUGGAGGAUCCUCACUGUAAACUGGAGAAACUGUGGUUGAGAGAUUGUGGCGUCACAGAUGAAGGUUGUUCUGCUCUGACUUCAGCUCUGAGAUCAAACCCCUCACACCUGAGAGAACUGAGUCUCUCUUGGAAUAAAAUAAGAGAUUCAGGAGUGAAGCGUCUCUGUGCUGGACUGGAGGAUCCUCGCUGUAAACUGGAGAAACUGUGGUUGAGAGAUUGUGGCGUCACAGAUGAAGGUUGUUCUGCUCUGACUUCAGCUCUGAGAUCAAACCCCUCACACCUGAGAGAACUGAGUCUGCCUGAGAAUAAAAUAAGAGAUUUGGGAGUGAAGCAUCUCUGUGCUGGACUGGAGGAUCCUCACUGUAAACUGGAGAAACUGGGGUUGAGAGAUUGUGACAUCACAGAUGAAGGUUGUUCUGCUCUGACUUCAGCUCUGAGAUCAAACCCCUCACACCUGAGAGAACUGGAUCUGUCUCUGAAUAAAAUAAGAGAUUCGGGAGUGAAGUGUCUCUGUGCUGGACUGGAGGAUCCUCGCUGUAAACUGGAGAAACUGGGGUUGAGAGAUUGUGACGUCACACAUGAAGGUUGUUCUGCUCUGACUUCAGCUCUGAGAUCAAACCCCUCACACCUGAGAGAACUGAAUCUGUCUGGGAAUAAAAUAAGAGAUUUGGGAGUGAAGUGUCUCUGUGCUGGACUGGAGGAUCCUUGCUGUAAACUGGAGAUACUGUGGUUGAGAUAUUGUGACGUCACAGAUGAAGGUUGUUCUGCUCUGACUUCAGCUCUGAGAUCAAACCCCUCACACCUGAGAGAACUGGAUCUGUCUGGGAAUAAAAUAAGAGAUUCAGGAGUGAAGCGUCUCUGUGCUGGACUGGAGGAUCCUCACUGUAAACUGGAGAUUCUGUGGUUGAGUGAUUGUGGCGUCACAGAUGAAGGUUGUUCUGCUCUGACUUCAGCUCUGAGAUCAAACCCCUCACACCUGAGAGAACUGGAUCUGUCUCUGAAUAAUAUAAGAGAUUUGGGAGUGAAGCGUCUCUGUGCUGGACUGGAGGAUCCUCGCUGUAAACUGGAGAAACUGUGGUUGAGAGAUUGUGACGUCACAGAUGAAGGUUGUUCUGCUCUGACUUCAGCUCUGAGAUCAAACCCCUCACACCUGAGAGAACUGAAUCUGUCUAGGAAUAAAAUAAGAGAUUCAGGAGUGAAGUGUCUCUGUGCUGGACUGGAGGAUCCUCGCUGUAAACUGGAGAAACUGUGGUUGAGUGGUUGUGGCGUCACAGAUGAAGGUUGUUCUGCUCUGACUUCAGCUCUGAGAUCAAACCCCUCACACCUGAGAGAACUGGAUCUGUCUCUGAAUAAAAUAAGAGAUUUGGGAGUGAAGCGUCUCUGUGCUGGACUGGAGGAUCCUCACUGUAAACUGGAGAAACUGGGGUUGAGUUAUUGUGACGUCACAGAUGAAGGUUGUUCUGCUCUGACUUCAGCUCUGAGAUCAAACCCCUCACACCUGAGAGAACUGAAUCUGACUCUGAAUAAAAUAAGAGAUUCGGGAGUGAAGUGUCUCUGUGCUGGACUGGAGGAUCCUCUCUGUAAACUGGAGAAACUGUGGUUGAGUUAUUGUGGCGUCACAGAUGAAGGUUGUUCUGCUCUGACUUCAGCUCUGAGAUCAAACCCCUCACACCUGAGAGAACUGGAUCUGUCUGUGAAUAAAAUAAGAGAUUUGGGAGUGAAGUGUCUCUGUGCUGGACUGGAGGAUCCUCGCUGUAAACUGGAGAAACUGCGGUUGAGAGAUUGUGACGUCACAGAUGAAGGUUGUUCUGCUCUGACUUCAGCUCUGAGAUCAAACCCCUCACACCUGAGAGAACUGAGUCUGUCUUGGAAUAAAAUAAGAGAUUCAGGAGUGAAGUGUCUCUGUGCUGGACUGGAGGAUCCUCACUGUAAACUGGAGAAACUGUGGUUGAGUUAUUGUGGCGUCACAGAUGAAGGUUGUUCUGCUCUGGCUUCAGCUCUGAGAUCAAACCCCUCACACCUGAGAGAACUGAAUCUGUCUGAGAAUAAAAUAAGAGAUUCAGGAGUGAAGCGUCUCUGUGCUGGACUGGAGGAUCCUCACUGUAAACUGGAGAAACUGUGGUUGAGAUGUUGUGACGUCACAGAUGAAGGUUGUUCUGCUCUGACUUCAGCUCUGAGAUCAAACCCCUCACACCUGAGAGAACUGAAUCUGUCUGGGAAUAAAAUAAGAGAUUCAGGAGUGAAGCGUCUCUGUGCUGGACUGGAGGAUCCUCGCUGUAAACUGGAGAAACUGUGGUUGAGAUAUUGUGGCGUCACAGAUGAAGGUUGUUCUGCUCUGACUUCAGCUCUGAGAUCAAACCCCUCACACCUGAGAGAACUGAAUCUGUCUGGGAAUAAAAUAAGAGAUUCGGGAGUGAAGCGUCUCUGUGCUGGACUGGAGGAUCCUCGCUGUAAACUGGAGACACUGUGGUUGAGUGAUUGUGGCGUCACAUAUGAAGGUUGUUCUGCUCUGACUUCAGCUCUGAGAUCAAACCCCUCACACCUGAGAGAACUGAUUCUGACUCUGAAUAAAAUAAGAGAUUCAGGAGUGAAGCGUCUCUGUGCUGGACUGGAGGAUCCUCGCUGUAAACUGGAGAAACUGUGGUUGAGUUAUUGUGGUGUCACAGAUGAAGGUUGUUCUGCUCUGACUUCAGCUCUGAGAUCAAACCCCUCACACCUGAGAGAACUGGAUCUGUCUGGGAAUGAAAUAAGAGAUUCAGGAGUGAAGUGUCUCUGUGCUGGACUGGAGGAUCCUCGCUGUAAACUGGAGAAACUGUGGUUGAUUGAUUGUGACGUCACAGAUGAAGGUUGUUCUGCUCUGACUUCAGCUCUGAGAUCAAACCCCUCACACCUGAGAGAACUGGAUCUGUCUGGGAAUAAAAUAAGAGAUUUGGGAGUGAAGCGUCUCUGUGCUGGACUGGAGGAUCCUCACUGUAAACUGGAGAAACUGUGGUUGUGGAAUUGUGGCGUCACAGAUGAAGGUUGUUCUGCUCUGGCUUCAGCUCUGAGAUCAAACCCCUCACACCUGAGAGAACUGGAUCUGUCUGGGAAUAAAAUAAGAGAUUCAGGAGUGAAGUGUCUCUGUGCUGGACUGGAGGAUCCUCGCUGUAAACUGGAGAAACUGUGGUUGAUGAGGUGUGACGUCACAGAUGAAGGUUGUUCUGCUCUGACUUCAGCUCUGAGAUCAAACCCCUCACACCUGAGAUACCUGAAUCUGUCUAGGAAUAAUCUACGACUAUCAGGAGUGAAGUUACUCUCUGAUCUGAAAGAUGAUCCACGUUAUAAACUGGAGACAUUAUUCUACUGACUCUCAGUAUUUAGACGUCAGUUCAGUUUCCUCAGGAUCAGCUGAUGGUGAAUAAGAGCCGCUACAGGAAUCAGUGAUGUGAAGUUAAAUGAAUGCAUGGAAGUGUAAUGUGUGGAGCAGUGUUGAUGAACAGAAGAAACAAGCUUCAAGGAAACUAAACUAAUUCAGCAAAAUAAGUUUUUAUCCAAAGGACAUUAAUAAAAUAGUUGAUAUGUUUAUACAGCACUGAAAACCAAGAGAAUGAAUGUGAUAUUUUCAGUGAUGGGCUUAUAUCCUGAGCUGUACAGAUUUAAUAUAGAUCAUCAUAACUGUGUAUCCUGAAAUUCAGAAAUAGAAAACUUAUCACUUGUACAUUUUCUUAUAUUUUAAUCAAGUCUAACAUUUGAGUGUGUAACCUAUGUAUGUAUGUGUUUAUUUUUAUUAAAAUGUGUGUCAUCUCGAGAAGAGGAGCUUCCACUUGAUAUCAUCAUGAGAAA